AUGGCGGUAAACGAAGGGGACGAGGCCACUGUAUCUCUUGUGGAUGUUUUGGAAGAGGAUGAGGAGUUAGAAAAUGAAGCAUCUGCCGUUUUAGGCGGUAGCGAUUCAGAGAAAUGCUCAUAUCCUGAGGGCUACGUGAAGCGGCAGGCUCUGUACGCCUGUAACACAUGCACACCGAGAGGCGGCGAGCCAGCUGGGAUCUGCCUGGCCUGCUCCUACAAAUGCCACGAAGGACACGACCUCUUCGAGCUCUACACCAAAAGGAAUUUUCGUUGCGAUUGUGGAAAUGGAAAAUUUGGAGAAUUUGAGUGCAAACUGUAUCCCGAAAAAGAAAACCUGAACGCCGAUAACAAAUACAGCCACAACUUCUUUGGUCUCUACUGCACCUGUAACAGACCAUACCCAGACCCAGAAGAUGAGGUCCCAGAUGAAAUGAUCCAGUGUGUGGUGUGUGAGGACUGGUUCCAUGGGAGGCAUUUGGGCUGUGCGGUCGCAGAGGGCGUGGAGCUGCAGGAGAUGGUGUGCGAGUCCUGCAUGAACAAGGCGGCCUUCCUCUGGACCUACGCCGCCCACCUGGCAGUGCCCCCGGUGGCCAAAGACAGUCCCUGCAAGGUGGAAGUGGAAGAGGAGCAGAAGCAGGAGGUGAAGGAGGAGAAGAAGCCCGAGGAGGAGAAGAAGGCCAAGGAGGAGAAUGGCGACGGCGGCGACAGGGCUCAGGGGGAGGAGCCGUCCACCAGCCUGGGCAGUCAGGGAGAGGAGAAGGUGCUGGUGAACGGAGCGGCAGGCUGCAAGCGGAGCCGGCGGGAGAUGGAGGGCGGGGCCGAGGGGGCGGAGUGCAAGCUGGCGGCGCUGAAGGCCCGGGGCCCCGAGAGACCCCGGGAGGGGGCCGUGUUCUGGCCCUCGCCGUGGCGCACCAAACUGUGCGCCUGCGCCUCCUGCAAGAGCGCCUACGCGGAGGCGGGCGUGGACUUCCUGCUGGACGAGUCGGACACGGUCCUGGCGUACGAGAACAAGGGGAAGACCACGGAGGAGGAGGAGGGGAGCGCCUCGCAGGGCCGGGACCCGCUCAUGUCGGCCCUGAACACACUCAACCGCGUGCAGCAGCUGGAGAUCAUCUAUGAGUACAACGACAUGAAGACUGAGCUGAAGGAUUACCUCCAGAGAUUUGCAGCGGAGGGCAAGGUGGUGACCCCCGAGGACAUCCAGCGCUUCUUCGAGGAGCAGCAGAGUCGCAAGAGGAGGCGGGCCAACGCAGGACAGUACUACUGCAGCUGAGCGCCCCCCACCCGACCCCCUCUGCCCCCCCCCGCCCAACCCGACCCCCACGCCCCCGU